GAGACCUCCGUCGGCCGCUUCGAGGCGCGCGGGGGCUGGGCCGCUGCCGUCUAGGGGCCCAGUCCCGGGGCGUCCCCAGCGUCCCCGGCCCGAGACCCUGAGCGCCGGGCAGAGCCCAUCCGCUUGGUCUUGGCUCGUGUUCCGUCCCCGUGGCCGUAAGGGUCCGCCCCCCAACUCCUCUUUACGCUCCCGGGGCAGGGUCCUCACGGCCCAUGCUGGCCGCUGGGGGCCCGCGCGGACCAGCCAGCUCCCAGGCGGGCCAGUCGGCUACCAUGGUGGCCCUGAGGCCUGUGCGGCUCCUCCAGGGGGGCUAACAGGUCCAGAGCGCAGGCCUCGGGGCGCGAGGGUCCCGGGCCUGAGCCCCGCGCCAUGGCCGGGGCCAUCGCUUCCCGUAUGAGCUUCAGCUCGCUCAAGAGGAAGCAGCCCAAGACGUUCACCGUGCGGAUCGUCACCAUGGACGCCGAGAUGGAGUUCAAUUGCGAGAUGAAGUGGAAGGGGAAGGACCUCUUCGACUUGGUGUGCCGGACUCUGGGGCUUCGGGAAACUUGGUUCUUUGGACUGCAGUACACGAUCAAGGACACCGUGGCCUGGCUGAAAAUGGACAAGAAGGUGCUGGAUCAUGAUGUUUCAAAGGAAGAACCCGUCACCUUUCACUUCCUGGCCAAAUUUUAUCCUGAGAAUGCUGAGGAGGAGCUGGUUCAGGAGAUCACGCAACAUUUAUUCUUCCUGCAGGUAAAGAAGCAGAUUUUAGAUGAAAAGAUCUACUGCCCUCCCGAGGCUUCUGUGCUCCUGGCUUCUUACGCCGUCCAGGCUAAGUAUGGUGACUACGACCCCUCUGUUCACAAACGUGGAUUUUUGGCCCAAGAGGAAUUGCUUCCAAAAAGGGUAAUAAAUCUGUAUCAAAUGACUCCAGAAAUGUGGGAGGAGAGAAUUACAGCCUGGUACGCAGAGCACCGAGGCCGAGCCAGGGAUGAAGCUGAAAUGGAAUAUUUGAAGAUAGCUCAGGACCUGGAGAUGUACGGUGUGAACUACUUUGCAAUCCGGAAUAAAAAGGGCACCGAGUUGCUGCUUGGAGUGGAUGCUCUGGGGCUUCACAUCUAUGACCCUGAGAACAGGCUGACCCCCAAGAUCUCCUUCCCAUGGAAUGAAAUCCGUAAUAUCUCAUACAGCGACAAGGAGUUUACUAUUAAACCAUUGGAUAAGAAAAUUGAUGUCUUCAAAUUCAAUUCCUCAAAGCUUCGUGUUAAUAAGCUGAUUCUCCAGCUCUGUAUUGGGAACCAUGACCUUUUCAUGAGGAGAAGGAAGGCUGAUUCUUUGGAAGUUCAGCAGAUGAAAGCCCAGGCCAGGGAGGAGAAGGCUAGAAAGCAGAUGGAGCGGCAGCGCCUUGCUCGAGAGAAGCAGAUGAGGGAGGAGGCAGAGCGCACAAGGGAUGAAUUGGAGAGGAGGCUGCUGCAGAUGAAAGAAGAAGCAACAAUGGCCAAUGAAGCUCUGAUGCGGUCUGAGGAGACAGCUGACCUGUUGGCAGAAAAGGCCCAAAUCACUGAGGAGGAGGCAAAACUCCUGGCUCAGAAGGCCGCAGAGGCUGAACAGGAAAUGCAGCGCAUCAAGGCCACAGCCAUUCGGACAGAGGAAGAGAAGCGCCUGAUGGAGCAGAAGGUGCUAGAGGCCGAGGUGCUGGCGCUGAAGAUGGCUGAGGAGUCAGAGAGGAGGGCCAAGGAGGCAGAUCAGCUGAAGCAGGACCUGCAGGAAGCCCGAGAAGCAGAGCGAAGAGCUAAGCAAAAGCUCCUGGAAAUCACCACCAAGCCCACAUACCCGCCCAUGAACCCAAUUCCAGCACCGUUGCCUCCCGACAUAUCAAGUUUCAAUCUCAUUGGUGACAGCCUGUCUUUCGACUUCAAGGAUACUGACAUGAAGCGGCUUUCCAUGGAGAUAGAGAAAGAAAAAGUGGAAUACAUGGAGAAGAGCAAGCAUUUGCAGGAGCAGCUCAAUGAACUCAAGACUGAGAUUGAGGCCUUGAAACUCAAAGAGAGGGAGACAGCCUUGGAUAUUCUGCACAACGAGAACUCUGACCGGGGUGGCACCAGCAGCAAGCACAAUACUAUCAAAAAGCCUCAAGCCCAAGGCAGAAGACCUAUCUGCAUUUGAGCCCUCAAACUCACCUUGCAGAGCGCCAAGUCCCGAGUGGCCUUCUUUGAAGAGCUCUAGCAAGUACCCAGCCACCCCAGGAUCUGUCACAUCUGCUGCUCCUGGCACCAGAGGGAUGGGUCAGACACCGUGGGAGUCAUCAUAGGUGGGCCGGCUGGGAGCUUCUGUGGAAGCUCUGGAACUUUCCCCAGCUGAGUGGAGAGCCCAACCCCCUUCAUGUGCAAUUGCCUUGAACUGUGACCUGCAGAGAGCUCUCUCGUGGGGUUCUAGUUCUUUUUAAAAUGUUUAAAUAUUUGUCUUUCCUCAUCCAUCUAAUGUGAGGUUCCAUACUUCCUUUGUCAAAGGUGCCCUGGGGUGUGUGUCCCACUGUCCAGUGCUGACCUCCACAGCCCAGGGAAGUGGCUGUAGGGAGUGAAGUGCACAGGAGCCCUGGAGACAGGGAGGCGGCUGGUGCCACUGUCCCUACCCCACCCUGGGUUCAAAACAUUCAUCUCCUCCACUGGUGAGGACCUGGCAUGCGAAGAAGUAUGGUUCACCCAAGCCCAGGCCCAGAGCGACCUGCCUGCCAGCCUGCCUGCUGCAUAUCAUCGGUGAGCUGACCUGUGGCUCAUGACAAGCCACACGAUGGGUCCUCAGCCCAGGCACGCCUGAGGCUACACUCUGGCUGCCAGCUGGUGGGGAAUGGGAAAGGCAGCUGGGACUGGGGGAAGACUUUAAGCAGGAGCUGUGAUGACAGGCUGGCUGCCAGCAGAGGGGCUGGGAGGCCAGCAGAGCUGUGUAGGAAUCUGCUCCAUACCAAAUACUCACUCCCCUCCUUUUGUCACCUCAGACCAGUCUGAGAGGCAGGCAGGAGCUGUGUGUCUUCCUCACCCCCCUUCAGCCUUAACCUUUCCUGCCUGCGGCGGCCAGGGAGCUCCCUGGUCACGUUGUAGUCAGCACUUGGUAGCCCGGCCAGGGUCCAUUAGGGCUCUGAGGUCCCACAGGUACUCCUUGCUGAGGCCCCAGUCUUGUGGCUGACCAUGUGCCAGCAAGCCCUUCCUAAGCCUUGAUUGUAGUGGGCCUCCUUUUGGUGUUGCCCUUGUACACCAGGCGGCCCUUUAUUUUAUAUUCUCCCUUGGGCCGUGUAGGUCCCUUGUGCUCCUCUCAGCACAAGCCAGAUGCACAAGCCAAGUAUCCACUCACUGUUGGUGCUCUUCACCUGCUGUACACAACUCCCUACCACCGGAGCAGCAGCAGGUCACAGAGCCACCUCCAUGGGGCUAUUUUCUUGUCCUUUCUUUUCUCUGGUUUGGUGGUGCUGCUGUGAUCCACCAGCCAUUCAGAUCCUUCUAAUGGGACUGCUACAUAGAGCAGGAGAUAAGUCUGAACCAGCAAAAAGAGGCUUAUUAAGUGAGGACAUGUAAGGGCCUGGAGUUUUCCUGAGAGCAGGGGUAUCUCUGGCCGUGCUGUGCGGUUUUGAGAAACUCAGAAGCUCACAAAAGAUCCUGCCAUCUUUCCACAGUCAGGCUGACCUAAUGGUAUCCCAGGCUAGCCACUCCCCUACUGGGCCACCUUGCCCUAAGGAAGCCAGCUGUGUGCAUCACCCACUCCCCUUAGGACAAGCAGGGUGUAACUCUACAUCUGGACACUAAGUGUGGAUGGCUGUGGCUGAGUUUCCUUGUGUCUCCUUGUCCCUCAAAAUAAGCCUCUUCCCCCAAGAUGUCCCAGUGAAGGGAAGCGUUUGUAAUGUAGGGCCUGGCUCUUGUAUUGAGGCUCUGUCUCCCCAGGCUCACCACCCAUCCUUCAGUUUCUAUGACGAGUUACUUUCCUCCUGACCUGUAAAUUUAAUCUGUAGCAGUGGCUGUGGGCACAGGAGCAUGGUAGUGGUUUAUAUAAAUGUUGUCAGGCUUUUUUUUUUUUUUUUUUUUUUUUAUUUAACUGCUGUGUGUGUGUUCCAAGUCCGGGAAAUGCCGAGCCAUGUGGCCACAAGGGAGCCAGCUGGCAUCUGAGCUGUGGCAGGAGCACCCUCGGGCCCGAGAGCAGACUUGGGGAAGGGGGGCCAGGGAGCCUUGCUCAUCCAGGAACACUUCAGCUCUCCUUGGAGGCAGAAGCUGGUGUGUACCUCCCAAAGAAGCCUAGGUGGAGAGGAUGGUGGCCCUCAGAAAGGUCUUGAGCCACAGUGGAAGGAAAGGGAAUGAAAGAGGAGCUUGGUUUUCAGGGACUUGUGCCUAUAGCUCAAGUGACUGUGGUCUUUUCAAGUGAACACAGGGCAUGGGAGCUUAUUAAGUAAGGAAGCCUCUGAAUUCCACUGAGAGCAGGGCCCCAGCCGCAAAGAUUUCAUUAGGAGCUCUUCUGACAGUUCUUGGGCUGCCCAGCUAGUGACACUCCGUGAGGCUGCACUGUUGGCCCUUAGCUGUUCUGCACAGACCACCUCGUUCAUCCUGACUGAGGCCCUGCCUCAGCCCCAGCAGGGCUUUGACCUGUGGCAUCCACUCAAUUAUGUACCCGCCAGACCCUGCUAGACGACACCCUGUGGCAUUACAUAACACUUCUUAAGUGACCAUGUUUUGUAAUCUUGGGGACCGGCUUCUCUCUCCCUCUCUUUUCUCUUUUAAAUCAAAACAGCAAACGCAGGGGCUGACAAGCAGGACAGUGACUGAGUGUUGCUUGCUGACAGGGCUGGGGCAUUGCAGCCCCCGGAGGGGCCGCCUCAGUGGGGAGACAACCUCUCCCAGCUGCCCUGGGGCCAGGUAGGCCCCUCGUGGGCUUCCAGGGAAGCUCCAUCCGUUUUCAAAGAUGUCAAACCACACUUGUUCCAGUGGGGCCUGAAUCUUGCUUCCCGUCAGGGCCAGACCAUGGAAGGCUAUUUUCUAUUCCGGGGGAUUGUUGUAAUUUAAGUGAUUGUUUUAAUAAAAAUUCUAAGCUGUCAAAAGUA